UUCCAACUCGCAAAGAUGGCAGCCGGAAACGCCCAAGUUAUAUAUCAGAGACAUGUUGACAUUGAUAGGUUACUACGGGAAUACACACCACAUUUACGUAAGAAAAUCGACCCGAGGGAUAUUUAUAACGAGCUGCUCGACUUGACAAGAGGUGAUAGGGAGAACAUCAUGUGUCAGACAACUGUAGAAGGAAAUAUUCGGGGGAUGGACAAAUUGUUAGAAUGCAUUGCUCGACGUCCUAGGUCGUGUUUCUUUGAUUUUCUUAUACUUUUAGAAAAUAAUGGUUAUUCAGAAAAGUAUGAGCUUAUAUUUAAUCGCGAAGGUCUAAUCAACUCGACAGAGUUAUCAGAGGCAAGAAAACGAUAUAAAAUUAGGAAUAGUAGAGACCCUGUUGACACUGUACACAGUCAAAAUGUACAGGGUAUUGUUGAUGAUAGAAGAACCCAUCACCUUCCUUUAAAUAUGCACAAUAUACCUAGAUUGUGCAAUCCGGUACCUUAUCAGAUGAUGCCCCCUGCGACAACAAAUCAACCCAACAUACCCUAUCAUGCUGGCAGUGAUCAAGGCAUUGGUAGCAGUAACCCUCCUCUACUGCAUCCUAUGCAAAGUGCUCCUUUUGAAAUGAGUAGAUUUGAUUCAAAUUUCCGAGGGAAUUGUCACCAAUCAAAUAUUCCAGGUUUUCCUGGACAAAAUGUCAAUACAUUUCACCAGAAUCAUGGGCAAUUUGGUCAAGGAGGUGGAAGAAUUCCACGCAGUGACAAUGAUUCACAAAUUAAAAGUAAAGAUGAUUUUGUGAUUGAUCUAACUGGUCAGUUUGGUUCAAGACAGGCUGUGAGUGUUGUCUAUGACAGAGCAGCUGUAAAUCCGAUAGGACAAUUACCUGUUUCUACUAGCCACUACCUUCAAGUAAAGACUGAUCAAAAUAAUGGUCAUCAGAGAGUCAGAACAGAUCACAUGGACACCAGUCGGAUGAGAGAAGGACCUAAUGAAGAUCAGUCUCCAUUACAUAAUACCGCAGUGAUGCAAACAGAUCGACUGGUAUCAGUCCCCCAUCAACAAGGAGCUCCAGAGAAUGCUCAAGAUGAUAGAGUUAUUGACGAACUGACUGAUGAAGUCUUCAGCAAGUUGGUGGAGUCAUUGAGUAAUGGUGGCGAGUCCCCAUCGUGGAAGAAAGUUGGACGAAAGGCUAAACUAACAAGACGUGAGAUGAAAUCAAUCGAAUCUGACUCUUCUACAAGACCUGCUGAAGUCAUGCUAAAUAUACUAAUUGACAAGUAUGGCAUGACAAUUAAAAAACUUGGGGACAUUCUACGACAGACCGGAUGCGUUGAGGCUCUACAAAUUCUUGAAGGAACAGUCGGGUUACACCGAAACAUUGAGGUCUCGGAUGACGAAAAUGUGAAAAUAAACAACUUGGACCAUCUUGAAGGAAGAUAUCCUCAACCCAAGGAUGAAACUUCAAGUGAUCUCAACACAAAGUCAUCAGAAAAUACAGGAUCAUUCCCUGAGGAGCAGAGUUUAGAAAAAGUGAUUGAGAAUAUAUCUGCUCCUUUUUGUAGAGAACCCCAGGAACAUGAGCAUUUAAAAUGUGAAGCUCAUCAAGAAAUAUUUCCAACAAUGUCUGAAGACUGCUCAAAAGACAUGAAAAGUGUCCAGCCUAGUGAGGUAAUUCCAUCUGGUGAUGAAAAUCAAAAUCAGGGGGAAAGAACUGUUGAGCCAAUAGAAGCGGUAACUGACCAAGAGAAUAAAAAUACAAGAAUGGACGUAGUUGGUCUUGCAGAAGAUAUUUCUGCCAAUUUAAAAGAAGGCAAUGUUGUUGAUGAAGCAAUACCCAACGUUUCUACAGUGUCCAUCAUGUCAAACAAAAUGCAAAAUUCAAGUUUCGAUUCGACACAGGAUAAUGUACGUGAAGAAUUUCCAGCUGAAUUAUCAGGAGUGCAAGCACAAGGAGACGCCAACAUCUCACAUAGUGAAAAGCCAACGUGUCAGGAAUUGGUACAACUUCAACGAGAAAUUCAGACACAACCAAACAUGUCAAGCUUCCGGGAUCUCCAGCACAGCAUUCCAGCUAACCAAAGAGAAGGUGUUAGCCCUUUGUCUGUAUCAGGACGAGACCAAGGCAUGGAUGUAGUUGGUCCUGCAGGAGAUAUUUCUGCCAAUUCAACAGAAGGCAAUGUUGUUGAUGAAGCAAUGCCCAACGUUUCUACAGUGUCCGUCAUUUCAAACAAAAUGCAAAAUUUAAGUUUCGAUUCGACCCAGGAUAAUGAACGUGAAGAAUUUCCAGCUGAAUUAUCAGGAGUGCAAGCACAAGGAGACGCCAACAUCUCACAUAGUGAAAAGCCACCGUGUCAGGAAUUGGUACAACUACAACGAGAAAUUCAGACACAACCAAACAUGUCAAGCUUCCGUGAUCUCCAGCACAGCAUUCCAGCUCAUCAAAGAGAAGGUGUUAGCCCUUUGUCUGUAUUGGGACGAGGAGACCAAGGUUUAGUUGGGAACACCAAAUCUGAUCGCCAGAGUUUUCAAAACGAACAUGAAAAAGAUGUGAAGCAUGCUGACAUGAGCUUGGAGUGUAGUGCUGUUGAUAAGUCAAUUUUGUUAAAGAAUACAAUUUCUGAAAAUGUUUUUACACAUGAGCAGCAGUUGAUUCAACCAAAUCCUGGAUUUGCUUCACAAGAAAUGUCUGUUUCUGAAGUGGGUGAUGGUGAAAGUUUUUUUAACAAUAAGGCUGUUUUUGAUAACCAUACUGCAUCAAUGAAUAAUAGGGAUGUGUCCACUUUCAAAGCAGAAGGUGAUGCAAACUGCAAGCAAAGUGCGCUCCCUCCAAAUAUGGAUCACAAAAACUUUCAAAGAGAUAUAGAAACACAGCAACGCACAUCUGAAGAUUGCGGUGAGCAGACCCAGCAAAACAAUUCAACCACUGCUGAUCCCCAAGCUCCACGAAGGGAAACUGAGUAUUCACUACACACUGGGAGCUUCAGAGAUGUGCAAAACUCCGUCCCAGAGUACAGAAGUCAGGACUUGGAAAAUCCGAACUCCAGUCUACCUAGGAAUGUGGACAGCCUUGUCAUGGAUGAAGAAGAAACUUUUCUGAAAGAGGAGAACAGACCUUUAUAAUGGAUUACAACCAGACUUUGAAAUGAAUUGACCAAGUUUUUAAUAUGUGAUUGAGAAAUGAAGGAACUUAAGUCCCAUCAGGCUGUGUGAAAGACAUGCAUUAUACCAACAUGUUGUGUUUAUAAGUCACCUUGUUAUCUUUGGCUGAUGGGAAUCUCCCUUAAGCUCAGUGGUAGGGUUUCCAACUGGAGAGUCUAGGGUUGGUUUGAACCCCAGUGAUGGCAUGUAAUUUUUCACUCCCUGUCUUCUAUUAUUAUUUUUUGUGCCUCAGUAGCCAUGAUCGCUAAGAGGCACAGUCAUUUCUACUGUGUGCAAUCAAGUGUGAGCCUCAGACCACUGACCAUUUCGGUUCGAUCCCCAGCGGUGGCGGAAAAAGAGAGUGUUGUCUGAUAAGGUUAUUCUUAAUUUAAUUCUUUUUUUGUUUAACAAGGAUUACGAACAGCCAGAGGGUUAUGAGUCUCUUUCCUCAGUUAGUUGUUAUCCCUGAUGGCAGAAUGGGUUUCCCCUACCACGAAAAUAACACUUGUUCCCUUAGCGGCGUCGUAAUAAAAACCUCUACAGAGCUUAUGUUUGUUAUUGACAAUGUACACACGUUAAAUAAAGAUUAUUAUUAUUAUAAGUUGGCGCCAUUGACGCUUCCUGUUAAAGUUAGUGGAGAUCUUUUGUCAUGGAGUUAAUGAUGAACCUGAGUUGCAGCAGUCUUCGGUGACAAAUAUUUUACUAGAGAAGACAGUUAUAAUAGUUUACUAGAGAAGACAGUUAUAAUAUUUUACUAGAGAAGACAGUUAUAAUAAAACUUGUUGAUAACAAACGCAAGGGGACCUAUUAGUUCUCUCAUAUCAAAUUCAUCAUGUUGUAAGAUAUCAACAAGAAUAUUAAGUACCAGAGAUAAAUGUAUGACUUUGUCACCACCAAGAAUUUGAUAUAAUCAUAUCAUGAUACUGUAAAAGUAGGAUUUUUUGUGUGUAAAAAUGUUUAUUUUGUGACUUUUCAAAUUGAAAUGUGAUGAGGAAACUUUCCUGUUGGCAACAUGUCUAAAUUGUACAUGUAUGAUGUAUCUAUGCUUUAUAUCUCUAUAUCUAGUGUGGAUAUUUUUGCACUAAUUUAUUCAAUGCAGAAAAUUGGAGCAUUGCCACACAACAAUAAUUUCCUUUUUUACACUUUUUCAAAAGUAUUUAUGUAGAUUUUUUAAUUUUAUUUACAUCUGUUUAGUUUAUGCAUGGUUGUUCAUAAAUUGUAGUUUAUUUAUCGAGUAUUGAUCCUGUCACUAGUAUAUGUGACUAAAUCAGCACAAUAUCUACACAUUAAGUUCCUACAUGUACCUGUGCAGAUUCAAAAAAAGAAUAGGAGUGCUGUAUCAUGUAGGCCACAUCCCACUUCAUGUUAUUGUAUGGAGUGAUCCAUGUUGUCCUAUUCUUACUAUAUACUGGUGGUUGGGACCAGUAUCUUUUUUUUCAGUCCUACUGACUCUUUUCAUGUCUCCCUAAACACCCUUCUUCAUUUGCUGCAAAAGGGGCAUUGAACUCUCAUCUCCAUAGAUACCCGUCCUCAUGUGACCGUAUCUGUUGUGGGGACAUUAAACCCCCAUCUCCCUAGGUACCCGUCAUCAUGUGACCUUAUCUGUUGUGGGGACAUUAAACUCUCAUCGCCCUAGGUACCCGUCUUCAUGUGACCUUAUCUGUUGUAGGGACAUUAAACUCUCAUCUCCCUAGGUACCCGUCUUCAUGUGACCUUAUCUGUUGUUGGGACAUUAUAAACCCUUGUCUCCCUAGGUACCCGUCUUCAUGUGACCUUAUCUGUUGUAGGGACAUUAAACUCUCAUCUCCCUAGGUACCCGUCUUCAUGUGACCU